AUGUCCUGCAUAUCAAAUAAGAUUCAUGAUUUGGUUCAGUCACUGUUUCAUCCAAGUGGAGAAGACAUGCUGGUUAAUAUAAAGAAUCAUGACCUCUUGGAGAAUAUCAAAAGUUAUAUUAACUCACAUUGCUAUGCUGAACCAAGUCGUGUAACCAUGACCGAGGAUCGUUUGGUUGAACUUUUAGAUGCCAUCCUCGUGUAUCUCCAAUGUCUACUCAAGUGUUGUUCUGAAUCUAUUUUCCCAUCAAUGACUCAAUGUGAGCUUCUUCAGAAUGUAUUUGGCAAUUUAAGAGAUUUCCAUAGGUUGAAAGUAAAUGGUUGCGUUGAGUAUGAAACAAUCGAAUAUGUCUUACCUCAUCUUCAACUUAUGGCUCUGAGAGUAGUAAACAUCUGUUUUACUCUUUUGAAUUGUCAACUGGACAAAUUCGAUGAAUCAGAUGUCUCUCUAGUUAACUCCAAGCUAGCUAAUCUACUUGUGGAGGUUAUUCCUGUUGAACUGGAGGUUAUGCACAUAUGUUGUACAAAUUUGAAAGGUUCAAAGUCGGAAGAAGUUGAACGUUUCAUCAAGCAGCUCGUAGAAGCCUCUCCGGACAUUCUUAGAGUAUCUCUGAUUCAUCUACAAGAGCACAUGGUUAAUGCUGGUACUCCUAGAGCUUCUACGUGUAACAUUCAUGUCAUGAUAGAGUUCUUAUUGAUUAUUCUUAGUGAUGUGCUCAAGGACGUUAUUCGUCAUGACAAAUUGUUUGUUUUCUUGGCACGUGUUAGAGAACUGACCAAGGAGGUAUUCGUUCUUGUUCGCAACUUAGAAGAGAAUAUGAAUGAAACAAGUGAUGCAAAUCUAAACUUGCUGGAAAGUAUUGAACUCCUCAAGGAAGAUCUCAAGAAUGAUUUCUUGAAAGCCCGUGCAGACUCAUCUCGGCUCUGCUUCCCCAUGAGUGAUGGACCGCUCUUCAUGACUCUUCUGCUCACAAACUUGAAAGACUUGGUCAAUUCCAAUGCUUCUUCAGUUUCUAUGAUAAAAGAAGAAAUUAAGCAGGUGAAACAAGACCUGGAAAUCAUAAGAUCGUUCUUUGGGUAUGGUGAGCAAGAGUUACAUAGAGAUCUUUGGACUCACGUUCUAGAUUUGUCAUAUGAGGCGGAACAUGCCAUUAACUCAAUUCUUGCCCGAGAUCAUGGUCUAUUACAGCUUAUCUUCAUACUUCCUGAUACCGUAGAAAAGAUCAAGCUUGUCAAAAAAGAGGUACAAGAGAAGAUCCCCAAGAGCAGCGGUAUUAUUGUUGCGAACGCUCCCAACAAGCCGGUUGAAAGAAACUCAUCGAGUACAGUUGGUAAAAUAAUUGUAGGUUUUGAGGAGGAGACAGAGUGGAUAAUUAGGAAGCUCACCAGCGGACCAGCUGAGAUAGAUGUCAUUUCCAUAGUCGGCAUGCCAGGGCUUGGAAAAACUACUUUGGCAUACAGAGUGUAUAAUGAUAAGUCCAUUGUUGAUCAUUUCGACGUUUGUGCUUGGUGCACAAUCGACCAAGAACGUAAUGAGAAAAAGUUGUUGCAGAAAAUUUUCAAUCAAGUUAUUGGUUUGAAAGAAAGAUUCAGUGAGAAGGACAUAGAUGAUGACGUUGCUGAUAAGCUGCGGAAACAACUAUUUGGAAAACG